UGGCAACGUUACUGUAGAACAACGCAGUUUUUCACAUCGAGUAAAAAGCGCACUCGCUUUCCAUUGGUCCAACCCCACAUAUCUGUGCCAACCGUCCAAUCACAGAACUGUGCGAAGAGCACAGCGAAGCGAAUUGUCGUCAUGUCGAAAAAGAGAAGCCAACGGGAAUCCCACAAUGCCAGGCGAGGGACCUCCUGUCGGAGAGUGAAGCUCCGCCGAUUUCAAUGAAAAGAGGGGGAGAGCAGUAAUGCAGAGGGAUGUAAGAUGGCAGAGCUACAAAUGUUGUUAGAGGAAGAGAUCCCGGCUGGAAAACGAGCCCUUGUGGAGAGCUACCAAAAUCUUUCGAGGGUUGCGGAAUAUUGCGAGAAUAAUUAUGUGCAGGCACAAGACAAGAGGAAAGCCCUCGAGGAGACCAAAGCCUACACAACCCAAUCUCUGGCUAGCGUGGCCUAUCAGAUCAAUGCCUUAGCGAACAAUGUGCUGCAGCUGUUGGAUAUUCAGGCGUCACAGCUGCGCAGGAUGGAGUCCUCCAUCAACCACAUCUCUCAGACUGUGGACAUUCAUAAAGAGAAAGUCGCCAGACGAGAGAUCGGGAUUCUCACCACCAACAAAAAUACAUCUCGGACCCACAAGAUCAUUGCCCCUGGCAACAUGGAGCGACCUGUGCGCUACAUCAGGAAGCCCAUCGAUUACACCCUGCUGGAUGAUGUGGGCCACGGUGUUAAAUGGCUUAAAGCUAAGCAAGGGAAUAACCAACCGGCUCGAGGAAGUGGAGGAACUUUAUCCAGGACCAACCCACCUACACAGAAGCCCCCCAGCCCACCCAUGGCAGGGAGGGGUACUCUGGGGAGAAACACUCCAUAUAAAACCCUUGAGCCGGUCAAGCCUCCUGUGGUGCCCAAUGACUACAUGACCAGCCCGGCACGACUGGGCAGUCAAAACAGCCCUGGACGUACAGCCUCUCUCAACCAGAGACCCAGAACACACAGUGGCAGCAGUGGGGGCAGUGGUGGUCGAGAGAACAGCUGCAAUAGUAUGGGAAUUCCUCUGGCUGUGCCAACACCCUCCCCUCCCAGUAUGGUACCAGGUCCAGGUUUGGGCCCCAUCCCGAUGUCUCAGUUUGGGACGAUCUCUCGGCAGGUCUCCAGACACAAUUCCUCUACAACUUCUUCCUCUGCUUCUAUGGUGUCAGCUACAGGCACCUACCGACGUGCCCCUGCCAGCUCUUCGCAGUUCUCUGUGCCUCAGCCCCACCUGAACGGAGGACCUACGUACCCCCAGAACACGAUGUGUGUUGCUCCGCCGCCUCCGCCUAUGGUGCAGCUGACGCCUCAGAUUCCCCUCACUGGCUUUGUGGCCAGAGUUCAGGAGAAUAUUACAGACAGUCCAUCUCCACCCCCUCCUCCUCUACCUGAGGACACGCUCAUGUUCGAGGAGGCAGCUCCACCCCCUCCACCUCCACCUGUGGAUUAUGAUGAAGAUGAUGCAGCCAUGGUGCACUAUAAUGACCCAUAUGCUGAUGGAGACCCCCACUGGGCUCCAAAGGUUUAUAUGGAGAAGGUGGUGGCCAUCUAUGACUACUCAAAGGACAAAGACGAUGAGCUUUCCUUCAUAGAGGGCGCCAUCAUCUACAUCAUCAAGAAAAAUGAUGACGGAUGGUUCGAGGGUGUGAGUAAUGGUGUGACCGGACUGUUUCCUGGGAACUACGUUGAAUCCAUCAUGCACUACGCUGACUAAUGCUCAGUCCCAAUCAUCUACAAACAUUACAAAGUGCAUUAGGAUUUGACUGAAUGUUUUUGUCCAGUCGCCAAUGUAUCAAGGCAUCUACAAUGCACAUUGGAUUAUGAAAAGAAACAAAAAAAGAUUGCCUGAUAUGUUUUGUACAUAUAUUACAGUGAGACGUUGACUGUAGGCUUUUGCUAGUGUUUGUUUUCGUGUGUUUUGUCAGUGUACUGACUUUGAGUGUUUGCAAAGUGUCAGCUAAGGCUAGUUCUUUUUUUGUUUCGUUUUAUUUUUUUAUUGUUUGUUAACUCAACUGUCAAGCUCUUACUUUAUGUCAGGAGGAAAUGUAUGAAUGUCAUUUCUGAUAAUGCUCGGUGAAUAAUUAGGCAAAAUUACUUGGCGGAUGAAGAAGACAAAUGCAGUAAUGUGCAGAGAUUUUCAUGCAUGUCAAGAACAUGUCCAGGUCAUAUAUUAGCCAAACAUAGUAAAGUAUCCAUUGAUUAUUAUAUUUUGCUUGAAGAAAAUUUAUAUUUUAUAUUUUUGAGAGCCAUUUCUUUUUGACAUUUUCAGAAUCACAGUUUAUUCUGUGGUAUUAACAGAACUAUAAGUAAAAAAAUAUAAUAUUCUCACACUUAUGCAAAACAAAUGGAAUAUUGAUGUGUUAUUUUAAGUAAGUAUCAUCUACAUAUAGAUGAUUGUAUUUUUUGUACUGCUUGUAUGCUUAUUUAAGACAAAUAAACGUGCAGAAAUGAGAAUCACCAUUGAGAAUAUAAAAAAGAAACAUUUACAGUCAUUGAAAAUUUAGAGGGAAAUGCUUCAUCGUCAAAAAUAAAUGUGGGAAUGUAAAAAAAUUAAUGGUUCUUAAAAAGUAAUGACAUUUCUCUGUGCAAAACAUAGUUUCUUGGAAAUGUGAUCUUGACAUGUUUUUGUGAGAUUCACUCACAUUUUUUGUUUAAACUGUGCCAAGCCAGCUAUUGAUAGUGUUCAGAAAAUGACCGUUGUUGUUUUAACUGCUGAAGUAUUGUGAAUAUUUAUGUUGCACUGACCGUGGGGCAAUGGUUGUCUGACUUAACCAGUCCUAAACAUUGCCCAUAGAUUGACAGUUUGUUUCAUUAAGCAGAUAAAGUCUGUUUUGUCAUUGUAUAUUUCAUGCAAGAAGAAACAUUCGAAGAGUUUGCGUCUAUCCAUUUCGGCCAUUUCAGUAGGUUUGCUCAGUUUGAAGAUUAACCAUUGAUUUCAUGAUUUCAUAGUGUAGAGUAUGGAUGAAAGUGAACUCAUAACUCAGCUGAUCUAAAAACUAAGCAUGGCACAAACUUUGAGAUGUUUCUGGUUUUUCAUGGUGUCUGGUUUUACAAUGUGUCUCAAACUGCUGUUGAAGGUGAAGCAGUGUUUGAUAACCAGUUUUAUUUAUUGAAUCCAAAUUAAAUAUCUGUGAGAAUGUAAACUCACGUAGAGCUGUCUGAACAAUGACCUCUCAAUGUUAAGCAUUGCAAGGCCUUGUCAAAACAUGUGCAAGUGAUCUGUAAUUUAAGUGUCCGGCAUUUGCAGGAUAUCUGCAAAUAAUAUAAUCCAUAAUCGUUUUGUAUAUAUAAUCAGUUUUUCUUUUUAUGUACAGUCCUUUUUUAUAAUAAAGCACUCUUCUGUGCAACACAUUG